UGGCAAUUUGAGGCGGCUAACUCAACUCUCACUUCAACUAGCUCCUUCAUGAGUGAUCAGCGGAACCGCGCUUCAGUUCAGCAACCUCAAGGAGACACUCAAAAUGGAGGCAGGGGCUGAUAUUGUCGACGUAUAUCAGAUCCAUGGGGGCGAUGGGGAUGGGGCAGACAUCAUUUUCAACUUCAACGGCAAGCGAAUUGCGGUUUCUGUCUUUCCAAGCUAUUCGGCCGGCCAACAAAAUCAGAACUCAGUACAAAACCGCCUGAUCCAUCUUAUGGAUCGUAUCGCGACUGGCGAUGUGGAAGAUGACGAAUACGAUGAUAUGGAGGACGAAAUCCUUGAAAUCAUCUUGAAUGCCGGCAGGCCAGUGUUCAAAGCUCAGACUACGCCACAAAUCGAGUCCAAAACCUCGCGAGAUCUCCAUGGCAUCAUUUAUCCUGCAACCUCUCAUUUUCAACUUCUCGGCUCCUCUGAAAAUGCUUUUAUCGCCCCUAUCAAAGCGAGCGAGGCCUAUACCCUUUCUGCGGACGAUUCUUAUUAUCAGGAGGCCGAAGAACUUGAGUUGGGUAUUGAUCUCUCACUCCCCUGGUAUUCUUCUCGCGCAAUACUCUGUACAGAGGUAUUUGUCGAAGGUAGUGGUCAAGUUGCAAGCCUCGUCCUAGUUGAGGACGCAGAGAUGUUCUGCAAAGCCCUUGGAAGUGCUGGAGGGUUGAUUGGCACAAGUGUAGGGAGGGAAAUGGGCUGCCUUCAGGACAUUUAUGAUCGUCUACCACCACAACACAACGCCACUAUACAUAUCCCUCACCUGCUGGGAUAUGUCAGGCACGCAGAUACAUACCGCAUCAUCGGCUUCCUCCGCCAGUGGAUUCCUGGCCAGCGUCUAAGAGAAAUGGACGUUCCCAAAGUGUCGUUUCAGCGACGACGAAAAUGGCAUUGCCAAAUCCGGCAGGCUGUUCGCGCCUUGCAUAGCAAAGGGAUUGUCUGGGGGGAUGGGAAAGCUAGCAAUGUAAUAGUCGACGAACACGACGACGCUUGGCUGGUUGACUUUGGAGGUGGUUGGACCGAAGGUUGGGUAAGCGAGGAAUUGGCAGACACGAUGGAAGGAGAUGAACAGGCCAUCAGGAGGAUCGGGCAAUUCCUACAACUCAAUUGAGUGGCUCCUCUAAAACAUUAAAAUCCAAAAACACUGAUGAGUAAUGUAUUCGCUAU